UAGCACCACGGCUCCUUUUGUGCCUGUGCCCCUCCUUGAUCUUGUUGGACUCUCUUGUGAGCUCGGCGAGGAACACAAGGCCAUGGCGGAGAAGACGGUGGUGCUGUACCCCUCCUUGGGCGUGGGGCACCUGAACCCCAUGGCGCAGCUGGCCAAGGCCCUGCUCCGCCGCGGCGGCGUCGCCGUCACCAUCGCCGUCGUCGACCCGCCCGAGAAGGACGCCGUGCUGGCGGCCGCGCUGGCGCGCCUGGCUGCGGCCAGUCCCUCCAUCACGGUCCGCCUGCUCCCCAUCCCGCCGUCGUCGCGCGCCAGCAACAAGGGGUACUCCCACCCCAUCAUACCCAUCCUGGACGCGCUCCGCGUCGCGAGCCCCGCGCUCCGGGAGUUCCUCCGCUCGCAGGCCACCGCCGUCGACGCCAUCGUGGUCGACAUGUUCUGCACCGACGCGCUCGACGUCGCCGCAGAGCUCGCCAUCCCCGCGUACAUCUUCUACCCGUCCGCGGCCGGCGACCUCGCGGUCUACCUCCAGCUUCCGGAUUUUCGCCGCGCGGUGCCGUCCUCGCCGAAGGACAUGGGCAAGGCGCCGCUGGGAUUCUCCGGCGUGCCGCCGGUCCGCGCCCUCGACAUGCCCGACAGCAUGCAGGAUUGGGAGAGCGACGUGGGCAGGGUGCGGCUGCAGCAGAUCGCCCGGAUGCCGGAAGCGACAGGCAUCCUGGUGAACAGCUUCGAGUGGCUGGAGUCGAGGGCGCUGAAAGCGCUACGUGAUGGGCAUUGCCUGCCCGGCCGCUCGACACCGAAAAUCUACUGCGUCGGGCCACUGGUCGACGGUGGCGACACCAACAAAAACGGCGAGUGGCACGCGUGUCUCGAGUGGAUGGACGAGCAGCCGAAACGAAGCGUGGUGUUCCUCUGCUUCGGAAGCAUGGGCACCUUCUCGGCGGCGCAGCUGAAAGAGACGGCGCGCGGGCUAGAGCGUUCAGGGCACAGGUUCUUGUGGGCCGUGCGAAGCGAGCAGAGCAACUCUCCCGAGCCUGACCUGGAGGCGUUGCUUCCGGAUGGAUUCUUGGAGAGAACCAAAGACAGAGGAAUGGUUCUGGAAAACUGGGCGCCGCAGACAGAGGUGCUGCGGCACGAGGCGGUGGGAGCAUUCGUGACCCACUGUGGGUGGAACUCGGCACUGGAGGCGAUCAUGUCCGGUGUGCCGAUGAUCUGCUGGCCAUUAUACGCGGAGCAAAGGUUGAACAAGGUGCACAUGGUGGAGGAGAUGAAGGUUGGGGUGGCGGUGGAGGGCUAUGACGAGGAGUUGGUGACGGCAGACGAGGUGGAGGCUAAGGUGCGACUGGUGAUGGAGUCCGGGGAAGGGAAGAAGCUCAGGGAGAGGACGACCAUGGCGAAGGAAAUGGCUGCACAUGCCAUCAAAGAAGGCGGGUCGUCUUAUGUCGAACUUGGCGAGUUUUUGUGGGGUUUAUGAAAGAUCGACAUAUAUAUAUAGAAUGAAGAAUGCAAGUGAUGGAUGCUAUGUAAUAGAUAGUUAGGCUUUGCUUUCAAUCUGUUUGGUUUUUGUA